AUGCUGUCGGCCGUGUGGCCGCUGCACCAGGGGGAGGAAGCGCCGGACAAUAUGUGGGCCUGCGGCAGCGUCACUGGGGGGGGCUGUGCUGUGACCCCACCGCCACGCCACCAGAGCGAGACAGGGCCCAGGGAUGCUUCUCUUGUUUUCCCCCCAGACCCUGGGAGAGCCGAGGGCUGCGACCUGCAGCUGCUGUCGACGGAGGCGCCCAUCACCCUGUCCUAUGCCACCAGCACGGUGCCACGGGGCUGCGUCAGCAGCGGCUCCAUGGACACUGGCCAUGAAGUCCACAUCCUCAGUGUCGAGUGGUCCAAGGUCUCUGCCUUCCCACUGAACGUAUCUGUUGUGCCGCCAGCCCAUGGCUGCACACGGUCACCGGUGCUCAUCCUCCUGUGUGCCCGCUGCUCAGCCACCGUCACCUCCCCGUGCUCGAACCUGCUCGUCCGCACUGAUGCCCACCUCGGCCCAGGGACCACCGCAGCACUGGGCCCUGAGCUGCCCAUGGCCACCAGCCAGGGACAGCUGCUGACCUGGGCUGAGGAAUUCUACGGGGGCAUCACAUCCUACAGCGAGCUGCGGGACCCCCGCUGGGUCCAGCUCCUCCUGGGAGAAGAUGCCAGCAGCCCCCAGGGCUGCAUCCUCCAGGAGCACUUUGAUGCCAGGCUGCACCUCGAGGCUGAGGUGAUCUUCUAUGGAGUGAAGGGCUGCUCACGUGGGCACCCGAGCACCAGCGCCACCCACAUCAUCCACCUGCAGCCCGAGCCCAGCUCCACCAUCACGGAGGUGAACGUGUCCCUGAACUGUCCUGAGAGUCCUGCAAGCAAACAGUUCCUCAUCCUGCAGAGCCGGGCCAACCUCACCUGGUUCAUCUCUGUCAGCAACUGCCACAUCCAGUUCUUGGCCUCCGGGAACUACAAGUUCGCAUCCGUGCCCUGGGUGCUGAUCGCUGGGGAGCGCCUGCCUGACACGGAGCAGGGCCUUGUCGCCAAAGCCUUCGAGAAGAACUGGAGCUUCAUCGCCUCCUAUUCCGCCAUCCCCACCAGCGCCCGCAUCAGCCUGGAGCUCCAGGAGCACCAUGCCACCACAAGGGCGCCUGUGACAUCCAUCCCCCUGGGCCCCACCGCUGAGGAAUUCUACGGGGGCAUCACAUCCUACAGCGAGCUGCGGGACCCCCGCUGGGUCCAGCUCCUCCUGGGAGAAGAUGCCAGCAGCCCCCAGGGCUGCAUCCUCCAGGAGCACUUUGAUGCCAGGCUGCACCUCGAGGCUGAGGUGAUCUUCUAUGGAGUGAAGGGCUGCUCACGUGGGCACCCGAGCACCAGCGCCACCCACAUCAUCCACCUGCAGCCCGAGCCCAGCUCCACCAUCACGGAGGUGAACGUGUCCCUGAACUGUCCUGAGAGUCCUGCAAGCAAACAGUUCCUCAUCCUGCAGAGCCGGGCCAACCUCACCUGGUUCAUCUCUGUCAGCAACUGCCACAUCCAGUUCUUGGCCUCCGGGAACUACAAGUUCGCAUCCGUGCCCUGGGUGCUGAUCGCUGGGGAGCGCCUGCCUGACACGGAGCAGGGCCUUGUCGCCAAAGCCUUCGAGAAGAACUGGAGCUUCAUCGCCUCCUAUUCCGCCAUCCCCACCAGCGCCCGCAUCAGCCUGGAGCUCCAGGAGCACCAUGCCACCACAAGGGCGCCUGUGACAUCCAUCCCCCUGGGCCCCACCGCUGACGUGCUGCCCCACAAGCUGCUGCACACGCUCCAGCCCUGGAAGUGCACGGAUGAAACCAUGGAGAUCGUCAUCGCCAGGUCCCACCUGGAGCCCAUCAAGGACGUGGUGAACAUCACCCUGCGGGACAUCAGCUGCCAGGCAGAGAAAAACGCCACUCACUUCAUGCUGAAAACCCCCCUCAGCCACUGCGGCACCUCGCUGGAGGGCCGGGGCCAUGCCAACAAUGAGCUCAUCCUCAGCCUGGCCAAGGGCGCAGUGCUCCAGAGCGUGCGGGUGGCCUUCCAGUGCAAUAUCCCAUCAGAGCUCUUCCUGCGCCUCUUUCCCACCGCUGCCUUCGAGGCGCCCCAGACGGAGCUGGAGGUCAACAAGGAGGCCUUUGUGCAGGUGUCCACGCAGUGGCCCUUCACCCAUGCCAUCCCCGAGGGCGGGCGCGUCCCCUUCUCUGCCACCCUCAAGUGCAAGGCCGGCUUGCAGAACACCACCAUCUUCGAGGGGGUCCUGGAAGUGACGGUGAAGGAUGGCUGGUGGCCGCCCAACAACCGUGGGCUAGGGCUAGCCGCUGUCCUGGGCAUCACCUUCGGCGCCUUCCUCAUUGGGGCACUCCUCACCGCUGGGCUCUGGUGCAUCUAUUCACGCACUCGUCCCACCUCCAAACUGCAGCCACUGCCCAUCCAAGUUACAAACUCUCAUUAA